AAGGAAAUUAGGAGCUGAAUUGAGCUGAGCUAAGCUGAACUGAAAAUAAACGUAUGAGAACAGACUUUUAAUUGGGUGUACUAGUGUUUAUACUCCGUAACAAAUUUUAGCAAUAAAUCACAUUAUUCACAUAAAUAACCAACAAAAAUAAAAAUAAAAAUAAAAAUAAAAAAACAAAAAGAGAGAAUAGAAAACAGAAGGUUUGAAAAAAGAGAAAACGCAAGAAGUAGAAGCAGGAGAAAGAUAGAAGAAGAAAGAGAUAUUAACCGGUCGAAGACUCGAAGCUCGAAGCCUCGCCAGUCGCCGGUGUCGAAGUAGUCGCCGGUGGCCUCCGUUCACCGUAGAAGAUUGAAUCAAGUCGCACCUCCAAGGGAAUCGCCGUUCGCAAUUGUUCGGGUUUUUGAGAAUUGAGGGAAAUCGAAAAUUAGACACACAACAUUGGAAGCUUUCGGUCUAACCCGCUAAAGCUAUGGAAAUGAUGGCUUCGCGUAAGGAGAAGCGAAAAGCUGCUAGACAAGAAAAGAAACAACAUAAACAUCAAUCUCUGCUUCAACAUCAGAAAUUUAGCAAGUCUAAAAGGAACUCAAACAAUUUGAGAAAUGGUAGUGUGAAAGAGGGUAUGAUUUCUUCGGUUGAGAAUGUGAGUACAGAAGGAAAGAAUAGGAAGUUAUCUAUGAUGGAGAGUGAUAGUGACGGCGGUAAUGCUAAGCCUGCUGUUAAGAGUAGGAUGUCCAAGUAUCAAAAGAAGGUUGGUAAAAAGAGGACAGGGUUUGAGGAGUUUUUGGAAAUGGAUAUGAAGUCAGGGCCGUCGAUGGAGGAGGACUUGGAAAUGGAACGGAAGUUGGCUAAAAGACUGAAAUUGAAAAAUGGGAAAUUGAAUGACGGUGGUGAUGGACUUGAAUUCUUAUUUGAAGGUAUCCCGUCUCUUCAUGAUUCAUCUAAGAAAGUAUAUGAUAGACAAGAUGACAGUGAAUCAGAAAGUUUACUAGAAGAUGAUGAUAGGAACAGAAAGAAAAAGAGAAAGAUAAUGGAAAAAUCGGGGCGAGAAUUUGGUGUUGUUAAAGAUGAUUCUCCUGAUAUGCAAACCAAGAAGAGCAAUUUAUUUGCAUCUGGUGAUGGGGAUGAGGCAAAUGACAGCAGCGAAACAGAAAUUGUUGAAAGGACUGAAAAGAAAAAAAGCAAGAGGAGAAAGAGGGAGAGAAAAAACGCAGAGCAAAAAAGUGGUUCUGAUGAUGGUGAUGAUGCUAGUGAUAUGAAACAAGCCGAAAACAUGUCACUUGAUUCAGAUGAAGAGGGUGAGGAAACUACAGUGUUAGAAACGGAUACUGGUUUACAGAGCAUUGGCAAGUAUGUUGCACCUCAUUUGAGAUCUAGAUCUGGUGAUGAUUUACAAGAGUAUGUACAAAUUCGAAGACGAGUACGAGGUCUGCUGAACAGGAUGUCUGAGUCUAAUGUGGAGUCUAUUACUGGAGAAAUUUUCUCAAUAUUUCAGUCUGUCAGUCGUGCUGUUGCAUCACAAAUGGUCAGUGAAGAGGUUUUGGCUUCAUGUGCUGGCGGUUCACGAGGAAAUGAACAGUAUGCAGCAGUAUUUGCAGCAUUUCUAGCUGGUAUGUCAUCUAUGAUUGGAAUAGACUUUGGUGCGAGGUUUAUGGCAUCCCUUGCAAAAUCUUUUGAGGAUGAAUACUCCAAGGAAGAUAAUCUAUCCCUCAGAAAUUUGUCACUUCUCCUUUCCUACUUGUGCAUAUUUGGAGUGUGCUCGAGUGACUUGAUUUAUGAUUUUCUGAUCAAGCUAAGCAAACAGCUGGCAGAGAUUGACGUUUCUAUUAUGUUAACGAUUUUACAAUGUUGUGGAAUGAAGUUGCGGGGGGAUGAUCCUACUUCCAUGAAAGACUUCAUCUCAAGUGUCCAAAGUAGAGUGAAUGAGUUAAAGGCUACAUCAGAAGAUGUGGAGAUGGUUACAUAUAGCAAGAGGAUGGAAUUUAUGCUUGAGACUAUAUGUGACAUCAAGAAUAACAAGAAGCGUGUUAAGGAGGAUUCUUCACCACACACGCGCAUCAAGAAAUGGCUGCAAAAGCUUAGAGUCGAUGACAUCACACUCAGGGGAGUCAAAUGGAGUAAGCUGCUUGAUCCCAAGAAGAAAGGGCAAUGGUGGUUUUCUGGGGACCUAUCUUCUCAAACAGAAGAUGUUCGUAAAGUUGCUGGUAAGGUGGACAAAGAGGUUAAUGAGGCCCAAAAAAUGCUGAACCUGGCAGCCAAACAAAGAAUGAAUACAGAUACCAGAAGGGCAAUUUUUCUUGUUAUAAUGAGUGGAGAAGAUUAUAUUGAUGCAUUUGAGCAACUGUUGAGCUUGAAUCUACAAGGAAAGCAGGACAGAGAGAUCAUGCGUGUUCUUGUUGAGUGCUGUUUGCAGGAGAAGUCCUUUAACAAGUAUUAUACAGCUCUUGCUUCUAAGCUUUGCAGUCAUGACAAAAACCACAAGUUUACUCUUCAGUAUUGCCUUUGGGACCAUUUGAAAGAGCUGGAGUCCAUGCCUUUGAUGAGAUCAAUGCACCUAGCUAAAUUUGAGGCUGAAAUGUUUGCAAGCUUCACUCUUUCCCUUGCCGUUUUGAAAGUCGUUGAUCUGAUUGAUGCCACCCAGCUUACUGCAAAGAGGAUAAUGCAUUUCCGGAUGCUCUUUGAGGCACUUUUCGAGUACCGAGAUAAUGUUGUGUGGAAUGUUUUUACACGGGUCACCAUUACACCUGAGUUGGAAGAACUCCGAAAUGGUCUGGAGUUAUUUAUCAGAGAGUAUGUUGUAAGCACAAAUAAAACCGCUGCUAAAAAGUUCAAGCUUAUUAAGAAAGCGCUUAACAACUCCGAAGGUGUUCUGAUGUAGAUCUAAUCACAGGCCGCAAAUUAAAAUAGGAAAUGACAGUUAACUUGCUAGCUAACCCAACGGGUUAAAGUUUUGGUUAGUUGAGUGAUUACAGAUGAGAUGAUUUCACCGUUAAAUUUAGAUAGGAAGGACGUUUAGAAUGAAAUUUUGUUUGUGUAUUUAUCACUUGUUAAAUUAUCCAAUAAAAUAAUUUAUGUGAUGAUUUUAUUGUCA